CGACGAAUUGGCGGAUCUGUCUUUUUACGAUAAACUCACGUGGCGCCAUCUAGUAUAGGUGAGGAAUAUAGCGAAGAAAAGGAAAAUUAAUUCCUCUCGGUAAAAUUGGAAUUUUUUUUUGACAACCGUUCGCCGUAAGAAAUUUUAAUAAGAAAAUGGCAGAUGAUACAUCAGCAAUAGAGCAAGAAAUUCCGGAAGAUCAAGAAGAAUGUACCAAUUAUAAACCUCCACCUGAGAAAUCAUUAAAAGAAAUUGUUGCAGCUGACGAAGGAGAUGAAAGCCUUCGAAAAUAUAAAGAAGCAUUGUUGGGACAAGCAACAAAAGAUAUUAUUAUUGUUGAUCCUAGUACACCCAAGCAUGUUUUGGUGAGAAAGUUAGCCUUGAUUGUCGAAGGCAGGCCGGAUAUCGAGCUUGAUUUGUCAGGUGAUUUAGAAACAUUGAAGAAGAAAACCUUUGUCAUUAAAGAGGGUAUCCAGUAUCGUAUACGAAUAGACUUUUAUGUCCAAAGAGAGAUUGUAACAGGCCUCAAGUAUGUGCAGAAAAUUUUUAGACAUGGAAUCCAAUGUGACAGCAUUUCUAAUAUGGUUGGAAGCUAUGCUCCCAAGAAAGAAAUACAGUCUUAUACCACUCCAUUGGAAGAUAUGCCAUCUGGGAUGCUAGCAAGAGGAAAUUACACAGUGAAAUCACUCUUCACGGACGACGACAAAAGUGAACAUUUGAAAUGGGAGUGGAGUUUUGAAAUAAAAAAAGAAUGGAAUGAUUGAGGGCGGUUUACGGCAUGGACUCUCUUAUCUACUUUCUAAACAUUGAAUCUGUUAGAUUAAAAAAGCCAGAAUAAUGGCAGUAUUAUGUAAAUUUAUUUUUCUUUCCUUACUGAGCUAGAUAUUUUCCAUUUACAGGAAAUGAAUAUGCAAUGAAUGAUGUGGUAGCUCAAAUCAUGUUUUGUGCCUUAUGCUUUCCGAAUGGCUAAUUUGGCAUUUAUGAUCUUACUACAAAGCAAUCACAUGUUGCUCUUAAUGCACAAUUGUGGUGGUGCUAAGCUUCUGGUUUGUCAAAGUGUGAAAUGGUUUGCCAUGUGACAUUUACUCAAUGUUAAAAGCCAAACUGAAUGAUACUUCCGGACUUCUUCCUAAAUAAAGUGCAAUGAAUCUGUGCAACAAAUCUAAUUGGAAGUUAAUAUGCUUCCAGUACAUUUCUUAAAAAUUAAAAGAUCAUUUUUCUACUAAUUCAUAUGAUUGUGAAAUAAUAAAAAAUACAAACAAAGAAGUGUCUUUUUUUUUAAUAUGAUAAAUGAUUACAAUAUAAUUCUUUUAUCAGAUCCAUAUAUUUAAAGUCUAAAUUGAUUAUCAGAUUUCAGGUAAUACAUUACAUUGUUGUUUUUAUAAAUUUGUUUAUUAAAUUAAAGCACACACAUUUCACAAUUUUGUAAUGCCUUAAUGAUGCAUAUCAUUUCUAAACAAUCUUGUAGAUGUACAGUACAUAAAUGCAAUAUAUGUGUAUGUCUGAUUUGAAAAAUAAAAUUUGUCAAUUAAUUUUUGCCUUGUACAGGUGAUUCCCAAAUGUUUACCAAAUAAUAUG